GUUGUGCGGUUGCAGAAGUUUUAGUGUGGCUUGAUUUUUGAUGCGGUUGUUGUAUGACGUUUUUAUUUUAUUUAAGUUCCGGUAAAAACGUAAACAACACGCUAUUUAUUAAAUACAUAAGUAAAUAAAUAAAAUACUAAUACUAAUAAAAUUGAACCGUGCCAGAAGCGAGCACCUGGAUUAUCGCUUACGGUGUUUAAACUGUUGUGUGAAAGAAUGUAAAUGUAAAUUUAUUGAAAUUUUUAAAAUUUGGAGAAGAAUUCCAAUAGAAUAAUUUCACAUUUUCUCUUAAAACACAAACAAAAAAAAAAAUACAAGGCAAAAACGCAAAGUUUUUUAAAAUCAUCAAAAGCUUUCUUCUGCACGUCUCUUCAACAUGGCUUCGAAGCUUUUUAUAAAUUUAUCGCUGUUCAUGGUUUUUCGCUAUGCAAUUGCCCUGGCUAAUUGUCCCUCGGGUUGCCAGUGUGAUGAUAACACGUUAAUUGUGCAAUGUGGUGAGGGUCAGUUGGAUGUUUUGCCGAUUGCUUUAAAUCCUUCGAUACAACGCUUAAUUAUACGAAGCAAUAAAAUUAAAACAAUUGAUUCAUCUAUGCAAUUUUAUACGGAAUUAACAUUCUUGGACUUGUCUUCGAAUCAUUUAGUGAAUAUACCGCAACAUACCUUUGCAUAUCAGCGUAAAUUGCAGGAAAUCCAUCUAAAUCAUAAUAAAAUUGGUCAAAUAAACAACAAGACGUUCAUUGGAUUGACGGCGGUCACGGUUUUAAAUUUGCGCGGCAAUCUCAUCUCCGAACUUCAUCAGGGCUGUUUCGCUUCUUUGACUAAAAUUGAAGAAUUGAAUUUGGGAGAAAACCGCAUCGGUUUUAUUGAUCCUAAAGCUUUUGAUGGUUUGUCCCAGUUACGUAUCUUGUAUUUGGAUGAUAAUGCUUUAACGUCGGUACCAGACCCUGUACACUUUCAGGCUAUGCCAUCUUUGGCAGAAGUGUACUUGGGUAUGAAUUCUUUGUUAAUGAUACCAUCGUCUGCGUUUCAAGAUCUUAAGGGCUUAACACUCCUCGAUUUGAAAGGCGCCGGUUUGCGUAAUAUUUCUCAUGACUCUUUUCACGGUUUGGAAGCCUUACGCAGUUUAGAUUUAUCCGAUAACCGAUUGUCUCGCAUUCCUACUGUCAGUCUUAGCCCUUUGCUGCGUUUAGAGAACUUAAAUCUCGGCCAAAAUGACUUCGAAGCAAUUCUGGAAGGCGCCUUCGUCGGUCUGAAGCAACUGAAACAUUUAGAUAUUACAGGUUGUCUGCGUUUAAAGCGGAUUAUGAAUGGCGCUUUUGCUAGCAAUUCCAAUUUGGAAAUUUUAAAUUUAUCAUCAAACAAAAUGUUAAUAGAAGUGCAAGAAGGAUCCUUAAGUGGCUUACCACAUUUACGUGUAGUUUCUUUUAAAGCCAAUGCUUUAACAACUUUAGCUGAAGGCUUAUUUCCGUGGAAAGAUUUGUCUACUUUGGACAUCUCCGAAAAUCCAAUGGCUUGUGAUUGUCGCAUAAUGUGGUUGCGCAACCUGCUGCUUAGCAAGAAUGCUACCGGCGAUAUGGUCAACGAUGUAAUCUGCGAAUUUCCCGAACGUUUGAGAGGAGAAGAGCUUAAAAGUUUAAACCCGACCCUAUUAGGGUGUACGCAUACUGAUCCUAGAAAGCAAGCGUUAAUUGGCGCUCUUUUAGUGGGCACUGCCGCAACAAUUACAGCCUUAGCUUUGAUUUUGUAUAGAUGUCGCCAUAAGAUACGCGAAUACAUGAAAGGAGGUAAUUGGGGUAACUCAGCUUUGGGGCGUAAGGAAAGAGAAUAUCAGAAAACAUUCUGCGAUGAAGAUUACAUGACACGCCAUCAUCCACAUCCUUGUAGUUUGGGUAUACAUUCGACUACCACUUUUCCGAAUACUUAUACUCCACACCAUCCCGGGCAACAACAUUACGGACCCAUGUGCUCUGCGCCGAUUACUGAUCUGAGUGCUGAUAAUCAGAAAAAUUUUCAGCAGUUGCAAGUUCCCACUAAUUCUCUGAUAAACGACAAAAAGUUACUAAAGCCUUGUAUGUCAACUGUUGAUGAUUCUACAUCGUUUGUUAUGCAUAUGAAAAACUCUAUGAACAAUUCGAUAUUAAAUCAUUAUACAAAACCUCAUUUUCUGCAGCAAACGGCCGUCGUGGGUGACUCGUGCUAUUCUUACGCCGAUUUGCCCAUAGUACACAAUGAAAUACAAGAGCAAAAGACACAUCCACAUCAUCAACAGCAGAACAGUAACUAUCAUCAUGCGUCAACGUUACAUUACGGUACAUCGCACGAUUACAAUAAUACCUUAGGAGGAUUGGAAGGUGAUGACAUUGAUGCUAAUUACAUUUAUAGUAAUACUCAUUACUCCUUGCCAUUGGAGCAAAGUCAUGGUUGUUCUAAAACACCUACACCACCUCCGAUACCACCGGCAUUACCUUUGCGUAAUCCUCCACAAUCGCUACAAUCUAACACUACGGGACGGUGUUCGUUUACGCAAAGUAAUCAACACAAAUAUGGAAACUCUGCCCGCUCAGUGUUACAAAACCAACAGGAAAGCCAGACAAUGCGUAACUAUCAGUGAUCGUCAGCCUGCGAACUGAGGUGGUCUGACGAUAGAAACAAUGACGACCCGCUUCCUACCUACAAACACCAAAACCUAAGCAUUUACGCUUAGUGGUUAACUGUGAUGCCAGACUAUCCUAAAUUUACCAAUUAUUAUUAACAAGAUGACUAUAGAUACUGUUACUGAAGCAGCUAAGUGAAGAAGAGAACCAAGGUAAAGAUAAGAAAGAAUAAGUA